UUAAUAAGACUACGUAUUCCAGACAAACAAAAAAAAACAAAAAGAAAAAAAAAAGACUAAGUAUUGUACGGAUGGUACACACUUUUUAAGCCUAAGAAUAUUUUGAGUGACCAUCCAAUCCAAUUAAACAAUCAAACAACAAAGUAUUGUAGUCCUUAUUCUAUUUGUGGGUUCAAACUAGUUGCCAAAACCCAGAUAGUUAAUGGACUAGUUGGCCUGAUCAAGACUAGUGUCGUACAAAUUGUACAAACUUCAACAGUUUUACGAAUCCCAAUGGCUUUUUUACUAGUUAUCUCAAAUGCUGAGAUGAUCAUAUACGAUUUCAUAUGGAUCAUAUGCGUCCAUCUCAACUUUUGGGAUAGCUCGGACAAAAAACACUGAGAUCCUUGACAUUUCUGUUCAAGCCCCUGUUUGUUUGUAUCUACAGAUACACUUGCAAGUGGUGCAAGCUGAACAAAAGUGAAAACUUGAGACACUAUUUUCUUGCAUACAAAACAAACCCACUUCAAUACUUUAACAGCUGCAGAGAUCUGCAUCAAAGAUUUCACAUUUACACACAAAACUGAUUUCAUUUGUGCUUGGAAAAGCUUCUUCUAUAUUUUACAAUAUCCUCAAAGUUGAUCAAACGAAUAAGUGGGAUCGCACUUUGCCCGAGACGAGGCUUAUCCCCAUCCCAUCCCUUCUCUUAUCUUUUCUUUCUUCCACUCUCAACUUGUGGGGUCUUAACUUUGUGAACUUCGAAAGAUCACCGAUCAAGCACCAUCCCCACUAAAAGCAGAGAGACAGAGAAAGAGAGUGCCUUGCUUUCCUAUGUGUUAUUAUUUCCUAAUAUUUUGCAUGCUAACUAUACAUCAUUCUACGCAUGCUCGUACGGUUUCGUAUACUUCCAGGGAAGAAUCAUAUUUUCAACUAUAUAUAUAUAUAUAUUACUCAUACUCUUUAACUUACUCUUCCAGCUAUGGUAGCUACCUAUCAUGUCUACCAUUUAAUGCUUCAAGGACACCGAAUACUUCCAAUCCUACAUUUAUAUAAGCUUCUCUUACUUGUGUGAACCACCACUGCCAAAGCUCUCAUUCUCUACCUUCAAAUCAGUAACUCCCUCUCUAUCGUUGUCUUUCUACAGAAACACAUGAAGAUAACGAUGGGGAGGAUUCUAAGGAGAUGCCUAAACAGAUGGAGAAAGACAAGGAGUGAAGUCAUACCGUGUGCAGCCUGUGAGUGCUGCUGUCAAUGGGGUUUCUGGUCUUCCAUUCAAGAAGGCAACUCAAUUCCCAAAGAUGUGCCAAAGGGUCAUUUGGUAGUUUAUGUAGGGGAGAACCAUAAGCGUUUUGUGAUCAAAGUCAGCUUGCUCAAGCACCCACUCUUCAGGGCAUUGCUUGAUCAAGCUCGAGAUGAAUAUGAUUUCAGUACCGAUUCGAAGCUCUGUAUUCCCUGCAAUGAGAAUCUCUUCCUUGAUGUCGUUCGAUGUGCUUGCUCACCGCAGGACAUACGAAUGUUCCUGUGCCUUCAGGGAAUUCAUCCACGGACUCUCUGCGAAAAUUCGAUUGAUUCAUGA